AUGUCUCCCCUCAUGACGCUGGUCGCCAUCCUCGCGCUCCUGCCCCAAGGUCAAGGUUUGGUGAUCCCCGGCUUCCUCAACCUCACCAGCCUCGCCCCUGUCCCUACGCAGGUAUUUACCAUUUUGCCCUACCCCAAGCACACGCCAACCACGCCGAUGCAGCCACGGGACUUCACCAUCCUGCCUUAUCCCCUGCAUCGCACAACCAGCAAGACGACGACCUUCAUGACGCAGACGACUCCCACGUCGCAAGGCGCAACCGCAACCGCAACCGCAACCGCAACCGUAACCACAACCCCGACGCCCCCGUUCAUAGCCGCCCCCCGCCAAGCCGUAGACGUCGAUCCCAUAACCCCCAUCUCCUGGCACGAAGCCAGCCACGGCAACAACAUCUGCGGCCCCUCGUCCUUCGUCCCGCACACGUCAAGCCUCUCCCCCCUCGCAGCCGACUGUCUCGCCCUGGCCGCCGCCCUGCGCGCGAGAAAAGGCUACUUCGUCGCCCGCGGCUUCACCGACACGACGACCCUCGUCGGCCUCGCGACGGAAGGAAGCUGCAUCUUCGGCGUCCGGCCCGCGACGCCGUCCCACUUCCACGGGGUCAUCGGUGCGCUCGACGCCGCCGCGUUUCUCGACGACGCCGUCCGGGACUUGUCGUCGCCUGCGGGCGGCGCGAUGGCCGGGGAUGGGUCGUGGAUGGCCGGUGGGCUUGUGGGCGCCAGCGGCGUGACGGCGUGUGAGCUUGGCGGCGGCGGGAAGCAGGCGCUGGUUUGGGCCGUCUAUGCUGCUGGACAGGAAUGGCAUGUUGGGCACGUGGAUGUGCCUGUUGAGCAAGUCGAGGACAUCGAGGACAUCGAGGACUCGAGGAUGAACGAGCUAUAG